UACGCAUCAUUAUUCUUUCUCUUCUCUUCUGGUCUGCUUCCUUCCAGCUUUCCCCGUUGCUCUCUCUCUCAUAUUUUUUUCCGCUGCUUCCUCCUCCGCUUCUUGUCCUGUUUGUUUGGUCGGGAGGUUUUCGCCGCUCCUUCCCUUCGUGGUUUCUAUGUGUUUGGCAGGGGGCUAACCUCCUUGUCACAGGAACUUCUCCAUCCUGAAAAUGAAGGGAGGAAAGGGAAAAGGGGCAACAAAGAAGGAAACUAAGGAAGCAAUGAAGCCAGCUGAUGACAGAAAGGUUGGGAAACGCAAGGCUGCUAUUAGGGCAGAUAAGAGUAGCAAAAGACGGACCAAGAAGGAACAAAAGGUGAAAAAGGAUCCUAACAAACCAAAGAGGCCCCCUAGUGCUUUCUUUGUUUUCCUCGAAGAGUUCAGGAAGCAAUACAAGCAAGAACAUCCUAAUGUGAAAGCUGUCUCAGUUGUUGGUAAAGCUGGUGGAGAGAAGUGGAAAUCAAUGUCUGAUGCUGAGAAAGCUCCAUAUGAAGCCAAAGCUGCAAAAAGGAAGAGUGAAUAUGAAAACCAAAUGUCUGCUUACAAUAAGAAACAAGAAAGUGUGGCUGAUGAUGGUGAUGAUGAGUCUGAUAGGUCAAAGUCUGAAGUCAAUGAUGAGGAUGAAGAGGAAAGUGGUGAAGAGGAAGAAGAUGAGGAUGAGGAUGAGGAUUGAGAACUGUGACAUCAUGACUAUGGAAUUACGGAGAGCCUGGAUACGGUAUGACCGUGCCUUUGUUUAAAGUUGCUGACCAUUGAAAUGGUAAACCGUGAUUGCUCGUCUUUUUUAUUCAAUGUUAGGCUUUGUAUAUUUGUUCACUUAUCUUGCUUCCAUUUCUAAGCGGAUAUGACAUGCUUGCAAAGAAUUCUCGUCCUUGUAUCAGUCUUAUUAGUUGCUAUUUUUUAAUCAUAUCCGUAAAGCUAUAGGAGCAGAUGCGCUCUUGACGGUGCUCUUUUUUUUUUUUUUUUUGGUAAAGCUCUUGACGGUGUAUUGAUGUA